AUGGAAAACCAAUUCACGUUGCCAUUUAAUCCGACACCAGAUACAAACAGUUACCCAACAGACGGAAUAUUCGACAUCCGUUUUUCUGCUACACAAGCCAGAUAUGUGCGCUUGAUUUUAAAAAGGACAAGUAUUACACCAAAAGAUAGCUAUCCUAUAGUUAUAUGUGAGGUUGAAGUGUUUGGACCUAAUGGAUUCUUUGGACCAUAUUGUAAAUAUGCAUGUGGAAAUUGCUCGCCUGGAUCAACAUGCAGUGCGCAAACAGGACAUUGCCCUAAAGGAUGUGACAAUGGAUUUAAAGGGGUUUUUUGCAAACAAAAAUGCAUACAUGGAACAUACGGACUAAACUGUGCAGAAAACUGUGGACACUGCAGAGAUGGAUUGUAUUGUAACACACAUAAUGGGUACUGUAUGGCUGGCUGUGCGCGGGGUUACCGAGGUGUAAAAUGUGAAGACGGAUGUCCAAAUGGUUUGUACGGUUAUGACUGUGCAUUUUCAUGUCAUUGCAAGAGUGAGGAAGAUAUGUGUGACCCUGAAAACGGCAGUUGCUUCAACGGUUGUGCUAUCGGGUGGGGUGGACAAAACUGCAGUUCUGAUUUAAGCAUCAUUAAACAUGACAGCCAUGGUGUAAACGCCGUACAAAACAGUACAUACCUCACGUGUAACGCAUCAAAUACGUUCAACGGGAAAACCCUGAUGCAUGCUACAGAUAACGACACAUUGCUCUGUCAAGCGUGCAGUGCGACAACAGAAACAACCGAUCCCUGGCUUCAGAUAGAUUUAGGACAAAUGUUUUCAGUAGGAUACAUAAGGGUGUAUGGUCGUGGUGGAAACCAACAGAGUUCAAACUUGUUUCUAUCUGCAAGCAAUGUAUCAUUAUUAACUAGCGAUGGUUCUGACUCUAUAGCUAACAUUACAAAUGCAUCCAUAUCUGGAACAAUAGUGGAACUUCCAUUGCCUAGAACGUUUCAGUAUUUGGUUAUAAGAAAAACUGGCGUUUCAGUGAUGUCUAUAUGUGAAAUUGGUUUAUAUGGAAAGGAGUGUCCGAGUGAUGGUAGUUUUGGUGAUAGAUGUCGGAGUAGCUGCCACUGUAGAGAUAGCGAGAAGUGUAACAUUUUAACAGGAAAAUGCACCUCUCCAGGCUGCUUUCAGGGAUGGAGAGGCAUCGCCUGUAAUAUAUCGUGUUUACAUAACAAGUUUGGACGAGACUGUUCCGAAACAUGCCAUUGCUAUGGUGAUGGUGAAUGUGAUCAAUAUAACGGUACUUGCAAGGCUAAUAAAUGUGAACCAGGAUGGCGAACAGCUUCAUGUGAUGCUGAGUGUGGAAACGGAACUUUUGGUGAUGACUGCGAGAGUAUCUGCAAUUGUGCGCAAUGUCAUCACGUUAAUGGUUCAUGCAGCCUGUACCAAAGUUCAUGUUUUGACGGUUACGAAGGAGAUACUUGUAGUAAACUUAAAAUACAAAAUCAUGUAAACGUAGGAGCGAUCGCAGGAGGGACCGUUGCCGCCAUAGUUGUAAUUGCUAUCGGG